AUGGCUCCUUUUGUAACCUGCUUAACCAAUCUUUCAAAGGCAAUCACCACCUCCACCAUUAAAGUAAGAUGUGUCUGUAGGUAUGAAGGGGUUCCAGAGGAUAAAAAUGAUAACAACCUAGAGUGUGUUUUGCAUGAUAAUGAGGGGACAAGAAUUCAAGCAUCAUUCACUAAUAACAUUAUGCAAAAGAUGGCCUUUCAAAUUAGGGAAGGGGGUGUCUUUUAUAUAAAAAACUUCUUGGUGCAGAGUAACACUCUUAAAAACAAAGCAACAAACCAUCAAUUUAGGCUGGUAAUGAAUAGCUACACUGAGAUCUUUGAGGUCAAAGAUUUGGCUUUUCCUAGAAAGAUAUUUUCUUUCAAGCCAUUUCCUGAAAUUUUACAAAUGAGACACUAUGAUGAUACAUCCUUUUUUGGUGAAAUGAGAAUAUCAACACACUUUCAAGCAUCAAAGGUUCUAAUUAAUCCAAAAUUAGAUGAAGUUACUGAUUUUAGGAAAAGGAUUGAAGGUGAUGAGAGAUUUAUUCGCAAUGGUUCUUUGGGUCCAGUUGGACCAAACAUGAGUAGUGAGUUUGAUAAUCUUACAGUGAAGUCUCUUGAGGAUUUAGAAUGUCUAGAGGAUGGGUUAUAUUGGAUUUUUGGAAAGAUUGUAUCUGUGGAAUCACAUUAUGAUACAUGGUAUUACAUGUCAUGUAAGACCUGUUUCAAGAAGGUUGAGGCAGAGGAUAAUAAGUUUUACUGUUCAGUAUGUAAGAGCACUUAUUCCCAUGCUUAUAGAAGGCAUAAAUUUAUUGUCAAUAUUGUUGAUGAUACAAGCAACACUUCAGUUUUAGUGUGGGAUAGGAAGGGGAUCCAACUGAUAGGAAAAAAGGUUUAUGAAUUUGUAGGGGCUGAUAAUCAGGUUUUGCCAAUAGAGGACAUUGCUAAAGAAAUUGAAAAGAAGUUGGUGGGGCAGAUAACCCCCCUAAAGCUUGGUUCUCAAGAAGCUAAGAGAGAAUUAAAGUUAUCUGAUCUCAUCUUUGGUUCUGAUCUUUCAGAGGUUUCUCAGAAAAGCUUUGUUACUCCAGAUUUGUCAAGUGUAACAAAUGAGAUUAAUCAUGAGUGCAACAUUGAAGGAUCUGUUAAGAGGUGCUUGGAGAAUGAUUUUAAUAGCUAUGAUGAUAUUUUCAGCUCUCAGAAGAACAAGAAUAAAAAAGUCAACAAGUAG